UCGCGUGUUGUGGGUCAGACAAGGCAAGAUCGUUCUGGUGCCCCGUCCUCCCCGGUGUGUCUGUCGCGCGUCUAGUAGCAGCGCGACGCCCCUCCAGUGGUUCCCGGGGCGGUGCCAUACGGUUGUGCUCAAGGUAGGCCGGGAAAGGCCGUUGGAAGCUACUUUCGAGAGUAAUUCGGCGGGGAAGAGGGGAGAGCGAGAGGUCCGCCCAGAGCGUCGGAGCGUCCCAGCCGAGGCUCCGCGCCCCGACCGCUGCCUCGGAGAGCACGUCGAUAAAGGCUCGCGCGCUGAUUGGGCGUACGCGUUCGGGCGGGCGGGGGGUCCCCGGGUCCGCGUCCCUCCCACCCCCUACCGCCGCUCGUCGCGCUGCCAGACCCACGACGAGCCCGCCCGCCACCGCGACGACGCGCCACUGCUCCCCCACCGCCGCCGCCCCCGCCAGCAUGGCCGCCGCGAGCAGCGUGCGCGUCUGCGAGACGGACCUGAUCAAGCACGUGAGACAGUACCCGCACCUGUACGACACGCGCCACAAAGACUACAAGGACCUGCGGAAGUGCGCCGUCACCUGGGCCGAGAUCGCGCGGAGCCUGGGCUGCCCGGAGGCGUGGAAGGCGUGCAAGGAGCGCUGGCGGACGCUCAGAGAUGUCUACGUGAGGAACAAGAAGUCGGUCAUGGUGGGCGACAAGGAGGGCCGCCCCCGGUGGAGGUUCUUCGACCAGAUGCAGUUCCUGAAUUCGUACAUCAUCCACAAGCCCACUGAUAACGACUUGAACGCCAGCAAAUGGGUGGUCGCCGCAGCGGACGUGGAGACGGUGCUUUGCGAGGACGACUCAGCCAUCCUCAGCCUCCCCUUCGAGACCCACCACCACGACGAGGACGAGGACACCACCUCCAACCCCGCCCCCCCGUCCUCGACCGCUUCCGACGACUGCCUCCUCACUCCGGGGAUCAGAAUCAAGGAGGAGGCGGUGGAGUGGGUGGAGGAGGAGGUCGUGGAGACGCCCGACCUCAAGCUGGAGGUGGACGAGGAAGGGGAGGAAGACGAGGGGGAGGAGCAGGAAGUGGACAAGGAGAAGAAAAAGAAGAAGAAAGCGAAGGAACCAGAGGAGGAGAAGGGGCGAGUCAACGGGCACCACUACGAGGACGCGGUGGCGUUGUAUUUGCCUUUGCCGAGCAGAAAGCGGCGCCGCCACCACACGCCCGUCCACUCCCCAGGGACGCCGCCCUCCUCCUCUUCCUCCUCCCCCUCGCCCUCCACCACCAGACUCACCAUAGCCAGCGACUCCCUCCUCUUCCCCACCCCCAACCCCGUGAGAACCCCGCCCCCCACCCACCCCCACGAGGACGCUAAACCCCCCCGCAGAGCCCCAGCACUUCCGCCCCAGGUCUUCGUCCCGCACGAGGAGGAGGAGCUCUUCGGCAGCUACGUCGCCGCCGCCAUCAGGAAGCUCUCGGCGAAGGCCAAGUCGCUCGCCAAGAUGAAGAUCCAGCGCGUGCUCUUCGAGAUCGAGGAGUGGGAUCGGUAGCUGGGGGGGAGGAGGGGGGAGGGGGGAGGAAAGA